AUGUCUACGAAAAAGAGGUGGGUUUUCGAAUUUUGCUUUCAUAAGUCAUAAGUUCAUUCCGAAAACGUUUAACCUGCGUUUUUUCCAGAAACAUUCCAUUAGCUUAUCGUUUGCCUAAGCGGAAAAAUUUUUCGAGCAGUGAUUCUGAGUCUUCCUCAUCAUCUCCUUCGUCUUCUUCGUCUUCUUCCAGUUCUUCCUCUGUGUCUUCUAAUUUAUCAUCAUCUUCUUCCCUCUUAUCAUCAUCUUCUUCUCAGUGUAAACGGAGAACGAAACAGUGAGAAAAGAAACGGUAUCUUAUCGAAAAACAACUUUCAGCAAAAAUGUGAGUCCAAAAGGUAAGGACAAGCCUAUGUUCCGGCGAAGGCCGCCACAGCCUCGAUGUCAAGUAGAAAAAAAGGAAACGGAGAAGCCCAGAAAGAAGAGUGUUUCUCCUCGGGGCAGAGUUUCUGGUCUCCGCAAAAGACGUCGCCGGUGUAGCAGCACCAGUUGCGAUAGUUCGGCUUCCGAGUCGCCGGUCGGCCGACGUCGACGUAGAUUUCCAGCAAAGAAACUCGUUCCGUGCGCCAAGUGCAACCACACCUUCAUGUCCUCAAAGGUUUGCGCUCUUUUCUUUUCCUAUCAAGGCACUUGGAGUAAUCAAGGAGUUUCAGCUCCUCGAGAAACUUUUUUUCUUAUAAGUUUUAUUUUCUUUCUGUGUCAAAUUCAAAGGUUGAAUUUUUUCGUUUAUUCUUUUGGGGUUCAAUCCUAUAAACACCCCCAAUGUUCCAACCUAAAUAUGUAAGUAACUUUUGUAAACUUUUUAUGUCGCUGUGAGUUAUCUUAAAAAGUCUUCGAGCGUUCGAAUAUCGCUACGUACGAACAAUUUCAGUAUGAGGAAUUAUCAAUCUUCUAAAUUACCCUGCUAACAACACCAGCUGAGAACAGGGAAGAUCUUUGAAAAUUCAGUACUCCACAACUAAAAAUUUUCCAUAGGUGGAACCUAGUUGCACUUAGAAAAAUGAAUCGCGGAUAAAAACUAGUCGUUUCAGGGUUUGGUUCACCACGACAUACAGAUUCAUUCUAUGGGCGUUACCUGUACAACGUGUGGCAAGGUUAAAGAUUUCUAAAACAAUUUUUAAUUUUCUUGUUUUUUUAGAUUUUCGACACUUUCGACGAGUUCAAAGGACAUGCACUAGAGCAUCCUGAAAACACGGUGGACUGUAUUUAUUGUAAAGUUUGUUGGUGGCUUCAAAGCAUUAAAACUUCAUUUCUUUUCAGAGCAAAUUCGGAAAACCUCGCGAAAUGAACGAAAAGCGCUGGGAGUUUGUUCGUUCUCAUUUAUACGGAGUAAAUUUUCUGAAGUGUGUUCAGAUUUUGGCUGUCCUAAGUUGCUCUCCAGCCCAAAAAGUUCUGAUUGACUUGACUCGCUUCAAACUGCGUGUGCAGUCAAUUUAAGAAUUGGCUUUCUAGAGCUAGUUUUAAAUUUUACGACCGGAAUCUGAACGAAAUAUGUUUUUAUUUUCAAAAUUUACAUAAAUUACAGGAAAUUUUAUAUGCUCGACUAGCUGAAUAUGACGACAAGGCGAGGAUCUUGUGA